AUGGACACCCAUGCUGCCCUGAAGGUUGGAAUACAGGAAGUGAGAAUAUUCAGCAGGGAGCGUCAGCCGUGCCCGUCCCAGCCGUGCCCGUCCCAGGAAUGGCCGUCCCAGCCAUGCCCUUCCCAGCCGUGCCCUUCCCAUGAAUGCCCGUCCCAGCCGUGCCCUUCCCAGGAACGCCCGUCCCAGCCGUGCCCUUCCCAGCCGUGUCCUCCCCAGCCGUGCCCGUCCCAGGAAUGCCCGUCCCAGCCAUGCCCUUCCCAGCCGUGCCCUUCCCAUGAAUGCCCGUCCCAGCCGUGCCCUUCCCAGGAAAGCCCGUCCCAGCCAUGCCCUUCCCAGCCGUGCCCUUCCCAUGAAUGCCCGUCCCAGCCGUGCCCUUCCCAGGAAUGCCCGUCCCAGUCGUGCCCGUCCCAGCCGUGUCCUCCCCAGCCGUGCCCGUCCCAGCCUUGCCCUACUCAAGUCUGCAAAGAGGACUGUGAAAGACAUACAUGUGUUGAGGUCAACAGGGAGUGCCCUCAACAACCGUGUCCUCCCCAGCCGCGUCCUCAACAGCCGUGUCCUCCACAGCCACGUCCUCCCCAGGAAUGCCCUCCCCAGGCGUGCCCUAUUCAGAACUGCAAAGAGGAGAAUGUACCUGACUGUCAAAGACGUUCAUGUGAGGGGGGUAACAGGGAGUGUCUUACCUGUUCAGAAGAGAAUGUACCUGAAGGCUGUGAACAGCAAACCACAAGUUGCACCCAUUCUGGUGAAAGUUAUAAUCAUGGAGACUCAUGGAGGUCAGUGGAGAAUCCUUGUGAUAUCUGCUCCUGUUCGGAGGGUCAAGUUCACUGUGAGAGGGAGCAGUGUAACACUGGCUGCAGAAAUCCUGCUGCUCCUCCUCCCAAUAGCUGCUGUCCAGUCUGUGAUGGCUGUGGUGUGAAUGGGUAUGACUUCCCUAAUGGAGCUGUGAUGCCUGCUGGAGACCCCUGUCAAGAGUGUAGAUGUGUGGAUGGAAAUAUAGUAUGUUCACCUGUUCGCUGUCCAGCGUUAUCUUGUCGCAACCCAGUGUAUCAUGCUGGAGAGUGUUGUCCACGAUGUGAGCAAUGUCAAUUUGAGUCCAAAAUAUAUGAGAAUGGAGAGACGUUCACAUCCAGGAGACACCCCUGCCUCCAAUGCCACUGCUCUGCAGGUGAAGUGUCAUGUGAACACAUGGCUGCAUCAUGUCCUACACCACACUGUAGCCAUCCAGCUAAGCACAGAGGACAAUGUUGCCCCACAUGCAGUGACUGUGAGUAUGAACGAAGGGUGUAUACUGAUGGGACAUCGUUCACCCCUCCUGGAAGUGGACCUUGCCUGCAGUGCAGGUGUAAGGGUGGGAAUGUACUUUGCAAUGAAGAAAAGUGCCCUCCUGUCCACUGCUCCAACCCUGUUAGAGACCCAAACCGUUGUUGUCCAGUCUGCAAAAAUCAAUAAGUUUCCCGUGCAAGCACACAGGACAGGAGGACACCAAUAUGGAAAGAAGGACACCAGCAUGGAGUUUCACAAAACCAUCUAUAGGAUCUAAUGCUGCAGAGUGGGGAGGAGGUUUGAUUGUGUACAUCAAAAAUCCUGGCCCUAAGAUGCUCUGCAAUUUUCUAAUCACUGCUCCCUGUAUAUAGAGCUAAUGACAACCAACCCUUCUACAGGUCACAAGACCUAACAGCACUUACUAUAACAGCUAUCUACAGUAUGUACAUUAUAUUGCCAAGAGUAUUUUCUCAUCUGCCUUCACACACAUAUGACCUUGAAAAACAGCUAUAACAGCUUCAAUUCUUCUGGGAAGGCUUUCCAAAAGGUUUAGAAAUGUGUUUUGGGGAAUUUUUGACCAUUCUUCCUGAAGCACAUUUGUGAGGUCUGGCACUGAUGUUGAACGAGAAUGCCUGGCUCACAGUCUCCGCUUUAAUUCAUCCAUAAGUUGUUCAGUUGGGUUAAAGUCAGGACUCUGUGCAGACAGUCAAGUUCUUCCACACUAAACUCAGUUUUAACAGUAAAAUGCAAUUACCUCUUGAUAUAGUGGCCCCAUUGAAAACCAAAAGAGUAGUAACUAACCCAACACCAUGGAGACACAAAGGCAUAAAAAAUGAAAGAGGAAACAUUUUAUAACCAAAGGGAGCUGGAGAAAAAAUAAAGAGAGAGACACAGAGAGACAGACAACCAUUCACCCUCACAUUCACACCUUUAUAAUAUUUUACUACAUUAUAUUUCUAACUAACGAGGCAGCUCAUUCACUUUCUCUGGACCAUACUUUUUUCAAAGAUAUAACACAGUUUGGGAUGGGAAAGCCAGAUAUGAAAUGUAAAAGUGAGAUCAGAGGUGUGAUGACCCCUUCCCCUUGUUUUCAACCUUUUCUUCAUGUGUUUUAGGUCUUUGGUGGGUGGGUCACCCCGUGUUCCCAGACUAUAAGUCUGGGGCUGGCACUCUGUUCUUCCUUGCUGAUACACACCAACCUGCUUGGUUUUUUUGUUUGUUUGUUUGUUUUUUUGUUACUUACUGCUUUUCUAACACUUAUAUAUACAUUUCCACGCACAUGCACACCUUACACCAUUGAUCCUAUUGAUUAAAUCACC